AUGGCGGUGCCGCGUUAUGCCUACCUGAAGAUGAAGAUGCCGGGUCCCAAGGGCAUCAUCACCAUUGCCGGCGACUACCAGAAGUCGCUCAAGUGCGUGGCUGCCAGUAGCCGGCUAGCCGUGUCCCUCGUCAUCGCCGAAGAGAAGCGUCUCCUUCACCGGGCUGUGGCCAUGUCCAGCGAGCAGCCAGCCAUGCCAGAUGACCCCAAGGACGCGGAGGCCGGGGCCUCCUUCCAGCCGGCCAAGGAAACCAAGAAGAUCAUCUUGGACCCGGCGCACCCGGAGAGCUACACUAUCAUAGGUUCCAACCUUGACAGCAAAUAG